CAAAUACGGACAAAUCGUGACGUCACACGUAGUUACGUGCAAGCAAAUACCUCACCGGAUCAUAAAUUAUGGGUUUGUUAUCUUUAUUAAGACGAUUACGUGGAAAUACACAGAAAGAAUUGAGAAUAUUAUUAUUAGGUUUAGAUAAUGCUGGAAAAACAACUUUAUUAAAGACUUUAGCUUCUGAAGAUGUUACACAUAUCACACCAACUCAAGGUUUUAAUAUCAAAACAGUGCAAUCAGCUGGUUUCAAUCUCAAUGUCUGGGAUAUUGGUGGACAAAGACGUAUCCGUCCUUACUGGAAAAAUUAUUUUGAAAAUACAGAUAUUUUGAUCUAUGUAAUAGAUAGUGCGGAUAGAAAGAGAUUCGAAGAAACAGGCGAGGAAUUAAAUGAUUUAUUAGAAGAAGAAAGACUAGCUGGUGUACCUGUCAUUAUAUUUGCCAAUAAACAAGAUUUAGUGUCUGCUGCCUCAGCAACUGAUAUAUCAAAUGGUUUGAAUUUGACCCAAAUAAGAGAUAGAGAAUGGCAUAUACAACCAUGUUCUGCUCAAAGCGGAGAGGGAGUUAAGGAUGGCUUAGAAUGGGUUAUUAAAACAUGUGGUAAAAAGAAAUAAAAAUAUAAUCAUCAUUGAACUAUUAUUCACAUUUUACUGUUUUACUUUGAAUGUCACCAGUGAAUUCUUGAUGUUAAAUGUACUAUUCAUUUCUUCAUUCAACACAAACGACCUGUCACAUAAAUCAAAAUUUUUAUUUUUAUUUAACUUGAGAUAAUUGAUAUUGUUCACAAGUUAGCUAGCACCUACAAAAUGUAUUUUUGAUGUUGUCAAAAUAGAACUAAAUAGUUUCGUAACUGAAUUUUUUGCAAUUAUUUUCUAAAUUUAUCAAUUGUUGUUAUGGGGCGUUAGUGUUAUUUAGUGUGCUUUCAUUCAAAAUGUCCCUCUUUUACUUUGCAUAGGUUUAAAAUAGAAUUUUCAUUGUACUCUGUUAUAGAUGUAUUGUGUUAAAAAGAUUUCUGAAUAUUUUUCCGUCCAUUAUGUCCAAACAUUUACUAUGUGAUCAAUUAAAUGUGGCCUUGAAUGUUGUAGCACAUUCUGUACUGGCAGUUGAAGCCAAGCCUGAAAAUCAGAAAUCAUUAGUAUGUUAUUCAAAUUUAGUUUCCAUGGUAUAAUAUGAAAACAGUUGAUUGAGUUCAGAAAAAAAAACUAUACUUGGCUGAGAAUGAUAUAUGUAAAGAAAGAGAAUUCCUAAUGAUGAAAAGACUGAUGUUACCAAAAGCUCUAUUUAAUUACAGUACCAGGUUUCUAAUUCAGGCUUGAUUACUAUAUAUUAUUCAGGAAAGUAGUAAAGGAAAUACUUUAGGUUGGUAGUUGUAGUUAUAAGAUUAUAUGAUAACUGUUAUAUGUAUUGUAAUAUGAAAUCCAUUCUACAUCCAUUCAUAAUAAAAUUAUAAACAUUCUUUGCAUUGGAAUAUUAUCAGUUAUAAGUAUAUCUCUUUGAGUCACCCAUGUCUAUCUGCUUAAUCACAUUUCCUUAUCAGUGCUCUGUAUGAAUUUCAACUGAUUUUUUAUCAAACUUUGUGUAAAUGAUCUUUAAUAUUGGAAUCGUAAGAUAAUCAUCUAAUGAUUACUUAUUGCCCUGGUCUCCAAAAUUGAUUUUCCUGAAAUCUUAAAGCAUCCUAAAAAAUUCCACAUCAUGCUAAUUAUAAUACUUAGCCAUGGAUGCACAGUAAACAUUAUUGUUAUUCUUUGACCAAUGAAAAGUAUUAUCUCUAUUGUUAUCACUAAAGUUGCUUCUUUGAGUCCAUACUAUAUAUCUAGACAACACUGUGUCAAGUAAUGAGUGGCUGUGGAACUUCUUUAUUAAUGUCUCUAGGUGAGAUCUUUCUUCAGCAAGCAGAUUUAAGACAACUCUGGCAUAAAAAAAAAUUAAGGAAGAUUUGAACCUAUGGUUCCUUGGCAAAUUGUUUAAUUACAUUCCCAAAUUUUGAGUUAUAUCUAUAUGUUAUAGAUAAGCAACUAUGGUACAUCUUCAUUACUUUUGAGCAAUUUAUUGGGUUACCUUACUUUACUGGCUGGAAUAAUGUUAGCUUUGAGCAAAAUAAAAUAUAAUUUCUUC